AUAGAUGGUAAAUCGAAAUAUGAAAAACUAAAUGAAGAGAGUUGGAAAAAAUUAGAAUCUAAACCUAUGAAAGUGGCUUUAAAAAAGUUAAAUGGAUCACAGAAUAUAUCAGCUGAGUAUUUGAGUGAGCUUAAAGUAUAUUGGGAUAUUUGUUUAAAUUAUAAAACCUAUUUAACAUUUUAUGGAAUGACAAAAGACCCAGAAACCAAAGAAUUUAUAAUAAUCAUGGAUUUUGCAAAUGAAGGAAAUUUGAGAAAUACUGUUUUACAUAAUUUCAAAAAUAUUUCAUGGAAGGAUAAAAUUAACUGGUUAUUUGAUUUAGCGGUGGAUCUUAAAAAUAUGCAUAAAUUGGGAUAUUUUCAUAAAGAUUUACAUAGUGGAAAUAUAUUACGAAAAGAUUCUGAAUUAUAUAUUUCAGAUUUUGGAUUAUCUGAACCAGCGAAUGAACAAAAAUUAGAUAACAAAAUAUAUGGUGUAUUACCAUAUAUUGCUCCCGAAGUUUUAAACAAAGAACCAUACACUUCAUCAUCUGAUAUUUAUAGUUUUGGUAUAAUUAUGAUCGAAUUAUCAUUUGGAAAACCACCAUUUUAUAAUAAAAAGCAUAAUUUAAACUUAGCACUAGCUAUAUGUGAUGGACUCAGACCUGAAUUUGGAAAGGGAACUCCUGAAAUAUAUAAGAAAUUAGCAUAUAGAUGUACGAAUGCCAAUCCAAUUAAAAGACCAACAGCUGAUGAAUUAUUUAAUAUAACAGAAUUUUGGUAUGAUUCUAUUUAUUACUUUAAACAGACACGAGAAGAAGAAAAUUUUGGAUAUACAGGAAAAGAAAUUAAAACAAUAUUUGAAGAGGCUGAUAAAGAAAUACCAAAUAUUACAACAUCUUAUGAAAAAGAUCCUGAUGCUAUAUAUACUAGUCGAGAAUUUAUAUUUAGCAAACUAUCAAGGCCUGUUAAUUCCUCUAUUAUUAGUUCGUAUCUUCAAGAGGAAAAAGUUGAUGAAGGUAUUGAUUUGCUGUUUGCCAUGAAUUUAAAAUAAUUAAUCUAAUUAAAUUUAUUGAUUUAGUAGUAAACACCCAAGAUUCUCAAUUAGUUAAUUUAGAUGUUAAGAGGUUUUUGUGAGGAGGUCAGAUAAGGUAAUGAUAUUUAAAUUAAGAUAUAUCAUGUGUUAAGAAAAUCUUUUGGCUUGUGA